AUGGAGAUACUUUCACGUGGCAAAACAGAUUCGGCUAGUUCACGGAAUGCGACCAGCAGUGGCGGCAUAGGAGGUCCUGGAGUUGGGACUGCAGGUGGCAGGACGAAUCAAAGGAAAGCACCUGCACCAGCCACAUUGGAGGAUUUCAUUAUUCGACGGGAUUAUACAGGAGCCCGAGCAUUUUUGGAGUACUCCAAUGGCGAUGAUGAGGAGGGAAAGGAGGGUGAUAAAGAUUUGCAACAACAACAAAUCGAUCAAUGGAUUGCUUAUUGUAGUUUCCACCUGGGUGACUAUCAACAGGCAUUAAAUCAAUAUAAAUCGCUACAGGAGAAUGGCAAACAGAAUCUUGAACUCAAUUUAGCUGUCUGCAUGUUCUAUUUGGGCUUAUAUGAGGAAGCCCACCAGAUGAUGUCCCUGGUCAUUGAGAGUAACCCUUUGAAACAGCGUCUUUUAUUCCAUUUGGCCCACAAACUGGGCAAGGAAGAGCAAUGGGUAAAUCUACUUGAGGAGCUGCAAAAUUCACCCAAUAUUGAGCAACAACUGAGCCUGGCCUCAAUGCAUUACAUGCGCUCUCACUAUCAGGAGGCAAUUGAUGUCUAUAAGCGUGUCCUGGUGGACAAUAAGGAUUACAUGGCCAUUAAUGUGUACCUGGCUUUGUGUUUCUAUAAGCUCGACUACUACGACAUGUCGCAGGAGGUUCUCGAUGUCUAUAUGGGUCAGCAUGCGGAUAGCACCAUUGCCAUCAAUCUGAAAGCCUGCAAUCGCUUUCGUCUAUUCAAUGGACGUGUCGCCGAACAGGAGAUUAAAAAUAUUGCCGAUAAUGGUACAUUUGGUGCUGAUUUAAUCAAACACAAUUUGGUUGUAUUUCGCAAUGGAGACGGUGCCCUAAGAGUUUUGCCUGGUUUGCUCAAUAUCAUACCAGAGGCGCGUCUUAAUUUGGCCAUUUACUAUCUGAAGCAGGGCGAGGUACAGGAGGCACAUGCCCUGAUGAAGGAACUGCAACCAACCUCACCGCACGAGUAUAUCCUUAAAGGUGUCGUUCAUGCUGCUCUCGGACAGCAAUUGGGUUCGAAGGAGCAUAUUAAGACGGCCCAACAGAAUCUACAUUUAGUGGGCAGUUCGGCCACAGAAUGUGAUACGAUUCCAGGACGACAGAGCAUGGCCUCGGCCUUCUUUCUCUAUGAACAGUUCGAGGAAGUUCUUGUCUACAUGAAUUCGAUUCGUAGUUAUUUUGUCAAUGAUGAUAUAUUCAAUUAUAAUUUCGCUCAGGCCAAAUGUGCGACAGGAUAUUACAAGGAAGCUGAGGAAUUGCUAAUGCAAAUCAAUGAUAUGGAUAUUAAGAAUCAGCAUACAUAUUGCAUGAUAUUGGCCAAAUGUCAUGUACAUUGUGGUCAUCCGGAAUUGGCAUGGAAUGUAUUCAUAACACGAGAUACAAAUGCCGAAGCCUUUAUACUCUUACAAUUGAUUGCGAACGAGUGUUACAAGUGUGAAGAGUUUUGGGUGGCUGCCAAAGCUUUUGACAUGCUGGAAAAAUUGGAUCCCAGUCCCGAGAAUUGGGAGGGUAAACGUGGCGCCUGUGCUGGUGUUCUAUAUGCCCUGGCCACCAAGGCCCAUCGUGGACGACCUGGUGGUGGAAUAUCCGAGGUCAUUGGCCUAUUGCGGGAUUCAUCAAACUCUCAGGCCGAUUUGAUGAUCAAAACCAUACGAAAGCAUAUUAGUAGCUUUAAAUAA